AAGGUGCUGUGCGGGAGGAUUAACCAUUUCAUGAGUCAGAAUCCCCCCGCACCAAAAUGGCUGCUUUGGGACACACAUUCCCUUUCUACACUGGCCCCAAGCCAAUCUUCCCAAUGGACACCACCUUGGCUGUCAUCAUCACCAUCUUUCUGACUGCCUUGGCCAUCUUUAUCAUCAUCCUGCCUGGCAUUCGGGGCAAGACGAGGCUGUUCUGGCUGCUGCGGGUGGUGACCAGCUUAUUCAUUGGUGCUGUGAUCCUGGCCGUGAAUUUCAGUUCUGAGUGGUCUGUGGGUCAGGUCAGCGCCAACACGACCUACAAAGCCUUCAGUCCUGAGCGGAUCAGCGCCAGCGUGGGGCUGCAGGUCGGGCUUCGAGGAGUCAACAUCACACUCACAGGAACUCCGGUGCAGCAGCUCAAUGAGACCAUCGACUACAACGAGGAAUUCACCUGGCCCCUCGGGGGGACCUACGCCGAGGCGUAUGCAAAGGCACUGGAGAAGGGGCUCCCAGAUCCUGUGCUCUACCUGGCUGAGAAGUUCACCCCUCGAAGCCCGUGUGGCCUGCACAACCAGUACCGCCUGGCAGGACACUACGCCUCCGCCAUGCUGUGGGUAUCCUUUCUCUGCUGGCUGCUGGCCAAUGUGAUGUUUUCCAUGCCCGUGCUGCUCUAUGGGGGCCACAUGCUGCUGGCCACGGGCGUCUUCCAGCUCUUGGCCCUGCUCUUCUUCUCCAUGACCACGUCCCUCUCUCCACCCUGCCCCCUCCGCCUGGGCACUGCCGUGCUGCAGAUUCACCAUGGACCUGCCUUCUGGAUCACACUGGCCACAGGACUGCUAUGUAUGCUGCUGGGGCUGAUCAUGGCAGUGGCUCAUAAGAUGCAGCCCCAGAGGCUGAAGGGUUUCUUCAACCAGAGCGCAGAGGACCCUGUGUUGGAAUGGAGUCCGGAAGAAGGAAGUCUCCUGAGUCCCCGCUACAGGUCCAUGACUGACAGUCCCGAGCCCCAGGACAUUCCCUUGUCAGAGACUUCCUCCGAGGCCUGCUGUAAGGAGGAGCACCCGAAAGAUUCCGAUUGUGCUCUCUAACACUCCUCCCCUGACAGCCACCUGGAUCUCAGUCCCCUUUGGAACCCCCCCCCAUGAUUCACCAGAACAAUCCAUGGGGUGGUUUGGGGGUUGUAUUAAACCCACAGC